AUCGGGUGCCGAUCACAUGGUAGGGUUUUGCGCAUGCGUGAGCUGUUAAUGGCUGAUGGAGAGAAGAUGCCCACUGCCUCCAUCCCCGUGUAGCGCAGGAGAGCUCCAGCCCGCUCCCGUUUGGCGCGCAUUGCGCACACUGCCGUUUUUCCGCACAGCUGCAGGCCGCAGUCCGACACGAGAGGCCCGAUGUCCGUGGCUAACGCUAAACACACGGUUCUGAAUCCGGUGAUCCCAUACACUGGACCCAUACCUGGUGGCCUGCACCCCGGGGAGAUCAUCAUCGUCCAGGGCACCGUCCCCCCGGAUGCUGACAGGUUUCAGAUCGACCUGUCGAGUGGCUGCAGCACCAAACCGCGCUCCGACGUCGCCCUCCACUUCAGCCCUCGCUUCAAGGGCUCGCCCUGUGUGGUGUGCAACUCCCUGCUGCAGGAGAGCUGGGGCAGAGAGGAGACGCUCCACCAGCUGCCCUACAAGCGCGGCGCCCCCUUCGAGACGAUCAUCCUGGUGCAUGAAGACGCCUUCAAGGUGGCGGUAAAUGGAGCUCACCUGCUGGAAUACAAGCACAGAAUUCCUCUGAACAGGGUUGACACCUUCUCCAUCUGUGGGAACGUCAGGGUGCACGCUAUCGGCUACAUCCCAAACUCAGCAAUAUUCUCGGAAUCAGGGGACCUGAGCCUCCCUUACAAAGGCAGCAUCCUCAAAGGCCUGAGCCCAGGACAGCACAUCACAAUCAAAGGGCAGGUCAGCAUGUAUCCUCACAGUUUUACCGUGAACCUCCGGAACAGCCGGACGGAGAACAUCGCUCUCCACCUGAACCCCCGCAUGAAGUCCGGCGUGUUCAUCAGGAACUCGUACCUGGGUGAGUCCUGGGGUCAGGAGGAGCGGGAGCUGCCCUUCUUCCCAUUCUCCUCAGGAGAAUACUUUGAGAUCCUCCUCCUCUGUCAGCCACAUCGGUUCAAGCUGGCGGUGAACGGCUCGCACCUGUUCGAGUUCAGACACCGGGUGCAGGACCUGAGCAGCAUCGACCAGCUGGAGAUCAUGGGAGACCUGGAGCUCACCGACGUCAAGCUGUGGUGACUCGCACGGAAACCGGCGUCACCGACGCUGCUGGGUUCUGGUUAUCGUGCUAAAUUAGCUUAGCCACAGCAACCUGGGCGUGGAUGGUUCUAAGCUAGUCUGGCACGGAGGCCGUGGGCGGGUCUUAAACGAACGGUUUCCAGCUGAGACUGGAUGAUGCAUGACGGUGAGCCGUGCUGCAGCUGACUGUGGUCCCUGGACCGUUUCUUUUCUUGUCUCUAGUGCAUCUCUGCUGUGAUACAGCCUGUGUAACUAAACCCGGAAAUAAAUGUGAAUGUUAAGAAGCUCUGA